AUGGCUGAUUCUGUUAAAAGGAUUCUUGCACCUCGAUCCAGAGCACCACUUGAUCAAACUGGAGUUAGACUUUGGGAGCUGCAAGAAGAGACCCAAGAUACAGAAUUGAAUACGUUCAUGCAAAAAGACAUUCCUGAAAAAAAAGUAAUUGAAAUAAAUGCAACAAAAACAUAUCAAGACAAAUCAACAAGUACAGACAUAAAAAAUGCAGCAAUUGAAUUAUCAUUUGCUGAAAGCGCUUUUGAGAUUGAUAAACAAAAAGGUCCAAAAUUUACAGUUCUUAAAAAAUGGCGGGAACGUCAAGCAAAAGCUGAACACGAAAGAGCACGAAAAGUUGUUAUUAAUUCACUAAAAGAAAAAUUUAGGGGCUUCCAUCGCCAGGCAAAUGUAGAUGCUUUUGAGAAUGGUAAUAAAGAUUACAUUCAUGAAAGUAUUCCAGCGAUUGUAAUAACUGAGGAUAUCGAAGACACGUCAAAUUUGAAUGGAAAUUGCGAACGUGGCGGGCAAGGGAAUUUCGAUCGUGAAAUUGGUAGUUUUAAUGUUUAUAAUAGUACAAUGGUAAACGAGGUAGUCUGUCACGCAAGGAAACUUCAGAUGGGGCCAGGUGGUGAGCUGGCACAGUGGAGGCUCGCUCCUCGCGGUAGUAAGGCGGCGGAUUCGGAGGGUGCACUACGCGGGACUGUAAAAGAAGUUAUGCCGGUAAGUUUUCUUAACUUACUUCCUUUCCUAUUUCAUUUCAACUCUUGUUAA